GAGUCCCCGCCCCCUUUUUGUCUUCUCUGGGGAGCAACCGUUGCUGGCCGUCUCCGCCGCUCUGCGCAUGCGCGUCCCUCUCAGGGCUCGAGAGAAGCGCUCGUUUCCUCUGAGGGGCGCCAACAUGGCGGAGCGAGGGGCGUCCGGCGGCGGCGGCCAGCGGGCCUCGUCGUCGUCCUCCUCGUCGGCCCCUUCCCUCCUCCCGCCGCCGGCACAGCCGAGUUCCUCGGCCUCUUCCUCCUCGCCGUCGCCGUCCCCUCAGGUGGCGUCUCCCGCAGCGGUGGCCGGGCAGCCGCCUCCUCCGCCGCCUUCCUCCUCCGCCGCCUCGUCGUCUUCCUCUCAGCCCGCGCUCCUGGGACCCGCGGCGGCGGCAGCAGGGGGGCGCCCCGUCCAGAUGAACCUCUACGCCACUUGGGAGGUGGACCGAAGCUCGCCCAGCUGCGUGCCCAGAUUGUUCAGCUUGACUUUGAAAAAGCUCAUCAUGCUGAAGGAGCUGGAUAAAGAUUUAAAUUCAGUGGUGAUUGCUGUAAAACUACAGGGGUCAAAGAGAAUCCUGAGGUCCAACGAGAUUGUCUUGCCGGUCAGUGGACUUGUGGAAACAGAGCUGCAGCUGACCUUCUCAUUGCAGUAUCCUCACUUCCUGAAACGCGAUGCAAACAAGCUGCAGAUCAUGUUGCAGCGAAGGAAGCGAUAUAAAAACAGGACCAUCCUGGGCUACAAAACGUUGGCCGUCGGCCUUAUCAACAUGGCUGAGGUUAUGCAACAUCCAAGUGAGGGAGCCCUGGUGUUGGGACUCCACAGCAACGUGAAAGACGUCUCUGUCCCUGUUGCGGAAAUCAAAAUCUAUUCCCUGUCCAGUCAACCAAUAGAUCACGAGGGCCUCAAAUCUAAAUUAUCUGAUCGUUCCCCGGAUAUUGAUAACUAUUCGGAAGAAGAGGAAGAGAGUUUCUCCUCUGAACAGGAAGGAAGUGAUGAUCCCCUGCAUGGGCAGGAUUUGUUUUAUGAAGAAGAAGACCUUAGAAAGGUGAAAAAGACUAGGAGGAAACUGACCUCAGCUUCUGCAGUUACUCGGCCAAAUAUUAAGCAGAAGUUUGUGGCUUUGCUGAAGAGAUUCAAGGUCUCAGAUGAGGUUGGCUUUGGACUGGAGCAUGUUUCUCGGGAGCAGAUCCGGGAGGUCGAGGAGGAUUUGGACGAGCUCUAUGACAGCUUAGAGAUGUAUAACCCCAGUGACAGCGGCCCCGAGAUGGAAGAUACAGAGAGCAUUCUCAGCACACCAAAGCCAAAACUCAAGCCUUUCUUUGAGGGAAUGUCUCAGUCUAGCUCCCAGACUGAAAUUGGAAGCCUUAAUAGCAAAGGAAGCCUUGGCAAAGAUGCCACCAGUCCGAUGGAAGUAUCUAUUGGGGACAAAAUGAAAUCCAACAGGAAUAAAAAUGCAGAUGACAGUAUCAAUGAAACGGAGACUUUGGAUGGCAAUGAGCAGGACACGUUUGGGGACUCCACAACUACAUUAAUCAUCCCAGAAAAAGUCAAGACCCCAAUGAAGACGAGCAUCAAGGGCGAGCUUCAGAACAUGGCCUCACCUAGCAAAAUGGACAGUGCCACACACACGCCCCGACAGAAACGGAGCACCCCGCUCAAGGAGCGCCAGCUUUCAAAGCCUCUCAGCGAAAGGACCAACAGCUCAGACAGCGAAAGGUCACCGGACUUGGGUCACAGCACACAGAUUCCUCGAAAGAUUGUUUACGAUCAGCUGAAUCAAAUCCUCGUGUCGGAUGCGGCGCUUCCAGAAAACAUCAUCCUUGUGAAUGCUGUUGACUGGCAGGGUCAGUAUGUAGCCGAUCUCCUUCAAGACCAGAAGAAGCCCGUGGUUUGUACGUCUUCCAUCAUUGAAGUGCAAGCAGUGCUCUCGGCAAUCCUCAUAAGGAUCCAACGAUACUGCAACUGCAAUUCCUCCAUGCCGCGUCCCGUGAAGGUGGUGUCUGUGGGAGGUCAGAGUUAUCUCAGCUCCAUUUUGAGAUUUUUCGUCAAGCAACUGGCAAACAAGACGUCAGACUGGCUGAACUUCAUGAGGUUCCUUAUCAUUCCACUAGGUUCCCACCCAGUGGCCAAGUACAUGGGUCUUGUGGAUAGUAGAUACAGCGGGAUGUUUCUGGAUACAGCCUGGAGAGAACUCUUCAGCAAGUCUGAGCCACCUGCAACUGAUUCCUUGGAUGUGGUUGGCCGGAUCAUGCAGUACAUAAACGGAGCCAACGUGACACACCAGCUGCCUGUGGCCGAGGCCAUGCUGACUUGCAAACACAAAUUCCAAGAUGAAGAUUCUUACCAGAAGUUCAUCCCUUUCAUUGGGGUAGUUAAAGUGGGCCUCAUUGAAGACUCUCCUGCAGCGACAGGAGAGGGAGAUGACUCCCCGCUCAUCAGCCUCACGGUUCCCUCGACGUCUCCUCCUUCGACCUCUGGCCUCGCCAGGGACAUCACUGCCACUCCUCCCUCGUCGCCUUCUAUGACGAGUGGAUUAGCUAUCAUGGGGUCCCCCAACAGUCCUUACGGAGACGUCAUCGGCCUGCAAGUGGACUACUGGCUCGCCCAGUCCUCCGAGAAGAAGAAGGAAGGGGAGAAGAAGGACGCCAGCUCCAAAAACACGCUCAAGAGUGUCUUCCGCUCUGUGCAAGUGUCACGGCUUCCAAACAGCGGGGAAACCCAGCUGUCUGGGACCAUGGCCAUGACUGUUGUCACCAAAGAGAAGAAUAAGAAGGUUCCCACCAUUUUUCUGAGCAAGAAACCCAAAGAGAGAGAGGUUGAUUCCAAGAGCCAAAUGAUUGACGGAAUCAGCCGGUUGAUCUGCUCUGCGAAACAGCAGCAAACUAUGCUGAAAGUUUCCAUUGACGGAGUGGAAUGGAGCGACAUUAAGUUUUUCCAGCUUGCCGCGCAGUGGCCAACCCAUGUGAAACACUUCCCCGUUGGACUCUUUGGUUCCAAGCCAGCCUGAGGUGGGCCAGGCCUCUUUCCUGCACCCUCAUUGCUCUGUGAUGUGUCAUCAACCGUGUCCAAAUCGUCGGCCAAAUCGGAGCUCUCCCGUGAUCACGUCACCCAUUACUGUGUCUUGCUCUGGCCUCACCAGGGAGGGACCAGCUUCAGAUGCCAAGAGAGACGCUCGCUGCAUUUUAUUGUCUCCAGCCAAGGAGCACCCACGGACACCCCUUUCCCCCGUAUUCUGCUGCCACAUUUGUGUCGUGGGCAUCUGAUUUUGUCCUGCCUCUUGGGAACGAAUCCCAGAAGAUUUCAGUUCUGCUCAUCUUUCAUCGUACCUUUGCACACUCCUUACUUGAGCUGAGCUGACACACCCAUGUCUUCCUGAAGAAUGUGUUUUGAGUAUGAGCGUUUUGAACAUCUGCCUUCAACAACGUUGUUCCUUUUCUUGCAUCCUGGCUUUCAUUGAACUGGAUGAGAGCGGUGACAUCGUAAGAGUUCUUCUUGGCCUUGGCCUUCUCAAAAGCACAAAACUACAAAGCCUGCUGCGUUGUCUCAGCUCCAGUCUCACAAUCACAAACUCAAACAUGUCAAAUAGUUGGAAGGAGCCUGAUCCAACAUGUGAGGUUGUCCUCUUGUUGCCAGGAUGAGGAUCAGAAGGUUCAUUUUGACACUCACUUUGGUUGUUUCAUCCACUCUGCUGGCUUUACUAUGUGCAUUCACUGUUCUGUAAUGGUACUAGUAUUUCCUAUGGGUUUUUUUAAGGAAACCAGUUCUUCUCAACUAAAGGAGGAACAUAUUUCACUAAUAUAUAGGCUACAUUCCGGGAAAGGCCCUACUUGCUAAGUAUGAUGCACAAGGAGAGCGGAGGAGGUGGUCUGCCCAGCCAUCUCUUAUCCCUUUCACUGGGAUUGGGAUCACAGCAGCAUGCCUGCCUUUUAAACAUUUCACUUUGUAAAAGGCCCAUGUCACAAGGCCUUUAGGAAUAUAUAUAUUUGUGCCAAUCAGAAGUCACGGACUUUGGUAGAUGCUCCAUUUCCAAAACACGUGCUGGGACAAGUAAGAGAGGAGCCUUUGUAUUGAGAUCUUCCUGUUGAAGGGGAUUGGUUGAAUAUUAAUGUACAAGUUUGGGCUCAGAUGCAAAAUGGCAUCUAAUAGGAUAUAAAGUUGAGGUUGGGGAAAAUACGUUUCUGUAUAGGACGCUUCAGUGGUCAUUUUGUCAAAAUUGUUAUGAACAACCUGCCCUCAAACACCUAAAAUACUAAUCCCAUUUGGGGAGACUUGAUCACUAUAUUUUUGGGACCAUGACACUAGUCCUGGCUUAGAACAACUCUGGGCAUAUGAUGAGUCCAAAGCACAUAUCUGCCCAAAGCCUAUCACCAAGUCAGGCAUAGAGUCCAAAGCCAAUCCUCUGGAUGCCUUUUUGCGUUUGGGAGCAACCACCUUCGAAAACUGAUUUGGAUGAAUUAAUGGAUGGGUUAUAGGGAAGGAAAAUUCUGAAAGUGUCCUAAUUUCUAGGCUGUUACAAUGGAAUUUAAGGUUGCAGUGAGAGGGUCUUAUUUUCCUGCCAGAGAGGAAUGUUUGCAUCACUUUCCGUCAAGCUGUUUCUCCUCAGAUCGCCUUCAGGCAAGCCUUUGCUGUUGGUAUUCUGCUCAAGAGAAAAAAAAAAACAUGUCAAAUAGCAACUAUUGAAUGGAGUACUCCAUUCACUUAAUGCUACUAGAAGGCCUAUCUAAGAUGCCAUUUCUCUUGUGGGGUCCCAUUGACAGAUAGCAUUGCAUUAGGUGUUGUUUUUUGCCUUCUCUUAACUACCGCUAUGAGCUGUUCUACCAAAUGUGAUUUUGUGACCUUGUUCUUGGGUGCCUGUCGUAAACUAUGUGACCUCCCUUCUCAGUGGCGAGAGAUUAUUUUCACACGCAGCCCUGAAUGUUGAGCCACAGGGAAAGGGAGUUUAUUCUCUGCGUCCCUUGUGUGUGGAUUUGAGGGACGGCACGGAUCGAAGACGGCUUUUUAUCUCAACGUCUUCGAAUAAGCACAAUUCCGAUGUCUUUUCACAUCGGCUGGCGAAAUAGUAUUUCAUCCUUGUAUCCCCACACCUUCCGAUUUACAAAUGUCGUUUUAUGGUCAAGACUUUGGGAUAAGCUAGGGAGAGAACCUCUCAAAAUUAGGCUAAUAUUUGGAAGGAAGCAGACAAAUCACAUCACUUUGUUCCAAGUUAAGCAAUAUUCAGGAUUUCUAGUCAACCUAAAGACCCUUGUGUCGUCAAAGGCUUUCAUGGCCGGAAUCACAGGGUUGUUGUGUGUUUUCUAGGCUGUAUGGCCAUGUUCCAGAAGCAUUCUCUCCUGAUAUUUUGCCCACAUCUAUGGCAGGCAUCCUCUGAGGAUGCCUGCCCUAGAUGUGGGCGAAACAUCAGGAGAGAAUAUUUCUGGAACAUGGCCAUACAGCCCGGAAGACCCUUCUUUACAUCCUCUGUCCUACUAGAUUCUCACUCUAGGAAAAUAUUAUUGUAAGUCUUUUAAACCUAACCCCUUUUUAAAAGCUAAGUGCAGCCUACUAGCUCUGUAUGGCGGUCCACCUAGUUGAUCAAGGGGCUGUUUAUGUCGAUUAUUUUGAAAUGGGUUUGUUGACAUUACAAUCCACAGCCUGUGCAUGUCCAAGGUGGGACCUUGAAUCAAUAGGAUUUAUCAGCAUCCAGGAAACGAGUCGGCAUCAUGAUUUAACUCUUCGUAUAUUCUACAUUUCUAUUAUUUCUGUCCCAAAGCAAGCACAAGCUGUGACAGAGACUCGUGGCCUGUUGGGCUUCUUCAGAACGCGCACACGCUCCAGCCAACUUACAAACUAGUGCACUUCUGAUACCAUUUGUGCCCAUCUGUCAUUCCAAAGCGCAGGGCUGCAAUUUUGCAUUUCUCUCUAUAGACCCGGCUGCUCGGAUCAGAUUUGGGACACAGUGAGAUUGGGAUUGUAAGGAUUUUGGACCGCAUUUGUGGUCAAGCCUGUGCAGCUGGCUCACCCCUACACUCCUAAAUCCCCUUGGGUGCCCAGUGUUGAUUUUCUCCUUUGUCUGCAAAGCCACAGGGAAGUUAGCAGAGGCUCAUUCCAAGAAGUAGCUGUCCUGGGUCCAUUUGCUGUGCAGUGGUUCGUAUUAUAGUUAGGAUUCUGGUCCAGCAGGCAGUCCUUUCACCAGCUCUUUAUUAUUUAGCGUUUCUGCAAGAGAGUGAAGGACUGAAUGCUCCAGGACUGAAUGGGCAGGGAUUGUUGCCAUGCAAUCGAGGUUGUCUUUUGUGCCGUAGCUUCCUAAUUUUGCAGAUGUGCAGUUCCAAGGACCGAAUCACAGCCAUUUUUUUCCCGGGUUCCUCAAACCUCGCUCAGCCAGCUUCCUAAAGAGGUUUACCAAAGAGAAGGAUUUUGGAUUCCCAAGGACGAACCACAGUUUGGAGAUGGGCAGCUCUCCACGGUCUGUGCCCAUCGCUUCCACGCAGACCUCCUCUUCCGUCAUGACUGUUACAAUAUGUGGGUCCAUUGUAGGACCGCUGUGUCCCCUUGUAUUGCCGUGUGGGUUUUUUUGCACAUUCUGAAUAUAUUUUGUGUGUGUCUAUAAUUCAAAUUGUCUGGAAAUUCUGUGUGCUCUUUUUUUUAUUUGUGUCACUCGCUGUACAUAAGUAUUGAGUUUUGUAUAUACCUUUUUUUGGUAAACAUGUCAAUUCUUUUCAUUUCUGAUUUUACCCCCCAAACAGUCACUCACAAUUCCAGCUUUUGGAGCCUUGUUGGUAUUCAAUGCAUUUUAUUCUCGGGGUCCGUUGUCUCCCCCACCGCUCCUAUUUUAGGGAUUUUUCAUUAAAUAAAACUGUGUCUUUUUUCAUAACAA